CCAGGCUGCGCGCGCCAAAUGCAUGAGCCGCGCAUGCGCAGUGCUGGGAAACGAGGACGAGCAUCGGAAACGCGCACGUAGCUGGUCCCUCCUUCUCUGGACUCCUGGCCCAGAUUUACCAAACAAAGGCUGCAAGUGUGAUGUGCAGUGACAAAAUGGAGCACAAAAUGGAACACAAAAUGGAGCAGGCGUCUUGUUCAAUGGAGGUCAUGAAUCUGGAUCAGAUGUCUGGAAGGAUCCUAAAUGUUACAAUAGAGAUCAUCAGCCUCCUGACUAGAGGGGAAUAUACUGUGGUCAAGAAAUCUAGUGACGUCUUGAGUAACAUAGAAGACGUCAAGGAUCCUCCACCUUCGACACAUGAGAGAGACCAUGACAAGAAGAUUCUAGAACUCACUUAUAAGAUCAUUCAGCUGCUGACUGGAGAGGUCCCUAUGAAGAGUGGAGAUAUAGCUGUGUAUUUUACUUCAGAAGAAUGGGAAUAUUAUAAAGAGCAUGAAGAUUUUUAUAACAGCCCGGCAUCAGUAACACCGCGGUCUCUCCGGUUACAACGUCGAUCAGCUGUCAGAGAAACAACCCCUAGUAAACCGCAAACACCAAAGUUGAAAACGCGUAAGAAAAGAAAAUACGUGAGAAGAAAAGGCAAGGCCUCAACCCGUGGGGAGAAUGGACGGGAUGAAGAUUACGUAUAUGAGGCCGACCAAGUGAUGGAAAAUAGCGAUGACAACGAAGUCUUUGACAGUUUAUUUGUUGUUAAAUGUAAAGAAUGUGGCAAAAAGUUCCAGAAUAAAGCAGCCUGCAUAUCCCACCAAAAGACCCACACCCGGGUGUUCAGCUGUAACAUCUGUGGUAGAUUUUUCUCUCACAAGUUGCCACUUCUUCAACACCAAAAGUCCCACACUGAAUCAAAUCCGUACGCUUGUACAGAUUGUGGGAAACGUUUUCCCCGUCCUAAUUAUCUGGAAAGGCAUCGAAGAGUACACAGCGGUGAGAAGCCAUUCCGUUGUUCCGAAUGUGGUAAAAGCUUUGCUUGUGAGGCGAACCUUAUCAAACACCAUAGAAUUCACACAGGGGAGAAACCAUUCACUUGUACCGAAUGUGGAAAGUCCUUUGUAAAGAGCUCACACCUGUCCCGGCAUAAGCGAAUUCACACGGGGGAGAAACCCUAUCUGUGCACCGAAUGCGGAAAGCGCUUCACCAACAAAGAAAAUCUUGUCACCCAUAAGAGGUUUCACACAGGAGAGAAACCCUUCCCAUGUGGGGAAUGUGGCAAAAGCUUCAAGUUUAAGUCCCACCUUCAGGUACAUCACAGAACGCAUACCGGGGAGAGGCCAUUUUCUUGUGCUUUCUGUGAUCGGCGCUUCAUUGAGAGAUCACACCUUGUCAAACACCAGCGUUCCCACACUGGGGAACGGCCAUAUGCAUGCAAGCACUGUGGCAAAACUUUUGCUCGCAGCUCCCAUUGUGUAAAUCAUGAAAAGACACACAUGCGAGAGAAAAAAUUCCCAUGUCCUGAUUGUGGGAAAUGUUUUGGACUGAAGAGUCAGAUGAAGAAGCACUGGAAAGCUCACUGAGGAAAUGGUUCUCACUAUAUCUACAGAUGGCCUAAUCGAAAUGGAAAGGACAAUUUUCUUGUCCGGAGAAGGGGGGUGAGGGCAGUAUUAACAUAGUUAGUGAUAGUAGAAUAAAUCUAUUACUUUUAGUCAGGACUGUGGUGGAAUGUCCCUUUUCCAGAGAGAGAGGUAAAUUAUUUAUUAGGGACUGGAAGCCCUCUUCAAAAAUUGUGGGGAAAAAACUACAUGAACAAUUUUAUGUAAAAAUAUAAAAUAAAAAACAAUGGCCCAGAUUUAUCAAACUGUGUGAGAGAAAAAGUGGAGGGAUUUUCCCACAGCAACCAAUCACAGCUCAGGUUUCACUUUACCUCAGAUCGUUAGCUGAGCUGUGAUUGGUUGCUGUUGGAAAAUCCCUCCACUUUUUCUCUCACACAGUUUGAUAAAUCUGGGCCAAUAAAGGAAAUGCUUUUAUGUAAUGUUCUGUACAUUCCAAAGCUGAUAUUUUCUCAUGUACUAAUGCUGUUCUGGACAAAUGAGUAGAUUAUGAAACAGAUAGUAGCAUAUUGUAUACUAAUUCCCGUUGGGUCCAAAGACUUCUAAAUGAUCAGAUGAUGUGAAUUAUAAUAUGAGUUCUUAGGAAUCUUUUGUGUCUUGUAAAUGACAGAUUUAAAGCGUACCUGCCAUAAGCCAACUAAGAAUCAUUUUAUAUUGGAGCAUUUUCUGCUUAUACGUAUAUUGUGCAUGUAUUCUACCAAAUGAGUGGGGACCCAAGUGGUAGCAAAAUGGAGACAGCGCUUAAAGGGAUUCUCUGGGAAUAAAAAAGUUCUGUAAUAAAUUAGUACAUGUAACUAAAAAGUUA